AUGUCCUCUGAUGCACCUGAACCCACCGGCUUGACUGCCAACAAGGGUCUUGAGCUCUUGACUUUUGGCACUCCCAAUGGCCACAAGAUCACCAUCUUCCUUGAGGAAUUGAAAGAAGCAUACGGUCAGGACUAUGUGUACCAGAGCGUCAAUAUCAUGAAGAACACACAGAAGGAGCCUUGGUUCACCAAGCUAGGUCCCAAUGGACGCAUUCCUGUGCUUGUCGACCAUGACAAGGGCGGUCUUGCUAUUCAGGAAGGUUCAGCCAUCCUUGCGUAUCUUGCUAGACACUACGACUCUGAGAACAAGUUUUCGUUCAAGGAAGACCCUAUGCUGUCGUAUCAAGAGCAAUGGAUCGCUUGGCAGCAUGGCGGUCUGGGACCCAUGCAAGGCCAAGCCAACCACUUCUUCAGAUUAGCACCUCAUCGCAUUCAGUAUCCUACUCAGCGCUAUGUUGGUGAGACCGAACGUCUCUUCGGCAUUCUAGACAAUCAGCUCAAGGAUAACUCCUACCUCGUUGGCAACAAAUACUCGAUCGCGGACAUUGCAAACUACAGCUGGGUCAAUCUGGCAUACUUCUCUGGCGUCAAUCUCAGCAAGUUCCCGAACCUGGAGAAGUGGUGGAAGUCGAUCAACGAUCGUCCGGCAGUCCAAAAGGGUCAGGCUAUCCCUGGUCCCUCGCCUUACACCAAUGUAAACUUCCUGCAGAAGCUCAAGGAUGACAAGGAGUUUGCCGACAAGAAUGCCGAGCUGGAGAGGCUGAGAGAUGAGGCACAGAAGGAGUUCAACUACAAGUACUCGAGCCCUUGA